AAUUCAAUUUCUCAUUUUAUUUUUCUCAAUGAGUUUGGGAGGGGUAGAAUGCGUGUGUACGUCUUAUUCCGGAUAUAAAGUUUAUUUUAUUAUUAUCAGAUCGAAUAAAAAGGAACAUUAAAAAUGUGUACAUCAUAGACGUUCUAUAUAGUGUUUACAAAUGCUUGUUUAGUAUUUGCCUUUUGUGUUAGUGUCGAUAAUCAUGCAAAAUGGCCAACGAUCUGUGGUCAUGUACCUGUUGUACCGAGGCUCUGACUUGCUGGUUGCGUCUCAAGCUAUCGCCCGAGGAGAUCGAGCAAAGGUACAGAAGCAAAGAGAUCGACAGAAUACUUGAGAAAGAUAAACAGACGCUACGGCGGCAAGUUAAAUUAUUGCUACUUGGUGCGGGUGAAAGCGGAAAGUCAACAUUCCUGAAACAGAUGAGGAUAAUACACAAAGUGAAGUUCGAGCCGGAACUAGUGCGCGAGUAUCAACAUGUGAUAUAUCAGAACAUUGUGAAGGGCAUACAAGUGUUAGUGGACGCGCGGGACAAGCUCGCGAUACCUUGGGAAAACCCGAGAAAUUUGGACAUCGGUCAACAAGCAUUGCAUUUCAACAGUACGGCUUCGCUGGACAGCCGACUGUUCAUGCAUUAUGCACCGCAUAUACACUCGCUGUGGUUAGACAGAGCCAUAAAGAGGGCCUACGACAGGCGUAGGGAAUUUCAAUUGAGUGACUCGGUGAGCUAUUUCUUUGGGGAGCUGGAGCGUAUAGCGCGGCCGGACUAUGUGCCCUCUCAUCAAGACAUCCUUCACUGCCGGAAAGCCACGAAGGGCAUCACGGAGUGUACCAUAAAUAUCAACAAUGUGCCAUUCGUAUUCGUCGAUGUCGGCGGUCAGAGGACGCAACGGCAGAAAUGGACGCAGUGCUUCGAUUCUGUCACGUCGAUACUGUUCUUAGUGUCUUCGUCGGAGUUCGAUCAGGUCCUGUCUGAAGAUAGGAAAACAAAUCGUCUCGAAGAAGCGCUCAACAUUUUCGACACGAUCGUGAACAACGUAAACUUCAAAGGCAUCUCUAUAAUACUCUUCCUGAAUAAGUCAGAUUUGCUCGCGAAGAAAGUGGCCAGCAAGGAGACGGACAUACGCUGGUACUACCCCCAGUUCACAGGUGACCCGCACAAUUUGAGAGACGUGCAAAUGUUCCUGCUCAAUAUGUUCGCGAACGUUCGAAGGGAACCAAAGACAACCCUAUACCACCACUUCACGACAGCCAUAGACACGCACAACAUAGAGGUUGUGUUCAAUUCAGUCAAAGACACAAUUCUCAAUCGCAAUCUCGAAUCUCUAAUGUUGCAGUGACGUGGUAGACACUAAGAACAUUUUGAAUUGUGAUAAAUUAAAAAAAAAAAUACUGAAUUCCUCUUUCCGUCUCCCCUAGAUGUUUUAACGUUCUGUUGUAAUUCCUGUUUCUGUUGUCUGCAUAGAAGCACUUUUAAAAGACAAAAAAAUACGUGAUUUUUUUUUUUAUUUAUUGGGCCUCGCCUACGGCCUACUUUCUGUAGUAUGUAAAUGCACGUUUACCGAUUUUGUUAUUACGGUAAUCAAUGUAUAUUCUAUCAUAUUGUAAUGAUAUAAUUGUAUAUCUGUUUAUUUAUGACCAAGAAUGUAGAUUUUCCACUCGUAUGAUGAUCACUUUUUGAUAACUUUACGUAUGUAUCAACGCUUUGUAAUUGUUUUUAUAAAUUUUAAGAUCUAGAUGACGUACUGGAAUAUACAUAGACGCAAUUUUGUAUUUAAAUAUAUCCCUAGUCUUUUAUAAUGACAAUGAUAUAGUUUCGACAAGAAUUGGUAUCGAUUUUAAAUAUAUCCACAAGUAUAACAGUAGUAACUUGAACUGCCAAUAAUCGUUUUAUCAUGCCAGGACAAGUUUAAACGAUUAAAGCGAAUUGUUAAUCGAAUAGAUAACGUACGAAUGAAGAAUCGAAAUAGGGUUGGAAAUUAAUAUUGAAACAAUUUGUAAAAUGUUUUAAAUAAAUUUUACUCAAAAUUAAUAAUUACUCAAAAGAUCAGUAGAGUUAAACGCUCAUAUAUACUUUAAUUUUUCAUUAAUUGGUACUACUAAAUAAAUAUAAAGGUAAUUUUGUACUACUACUAAUUGAGCCCUAAAAAAAUUGUUUUUAAAGCGUUAAAGCAGAGAGUGUUUACAUAUUUCCUUGCUCACCUUCGAAUGAGCUCAAUGUUUUGAUAAAUUGAAAGACUGUAUACAGUAUAAGGAUAUAAUUGUGACUUGUACGUAGUUUGAUGGAAUUAUAUUGGUUAUAUUUAUAUAUAAUAUGGAUGUUUAAAUUACGAUAACACAUUUUAUCGUCAAAAACUUUACGCUCAAACGUAAUAUAUAAUAAGGUUGUACAAAUUCGACGACGUAAUUAAAUUUAAUUUUUUUUUUUUUUUUGGUAUAAUUCGUAAUUGACAACCCUAUUUCGUUUUGUCAUAUCGUACAAGUUAAGUCCACGAAUAAAUGUAGCGAAAUGAACGCACGCAUGGUUUAAGUACAAUCGUAAGUACACUGGCAAUAUCGAUUCUGAAGACUUAUUCGAUUCUCUUUAAGGAGUGAAAUGUACAUAGGAACUGUGAUGAUAAAAUUUUGUAGGCUGUAAACAGCAACGAAGCGUUUUAAUAGCACAUUAUAUAUAUUAAAUACAUGUAUAUGUAUAUAUAGUAGAAAAUGAUUCGUCUCAAGUGUUUACGCUCAAUAUACAUACUAGGGCAAGUUUAGACGUUUUUUGGAUAUUAUAUACUUGUGUAAAUUUUAAAUUUUAUUUCGAUUAUUAUAAUAAUGUUUUCGCUAUCCGAUGAAUACGUUGAAAAAUUUAAUAAUUCGCCUUUACAAUUUUUACAAUUUUAAAUAAAAUUUAAGUGAUCGUCUGAUUUAAUUUUUUGAUACGAUAACCGUAAAUUUGAGCUAUCCUAUUUCUAUAUAAUGUUAAAAUAAAUAAUAAAGUGUUUUGAAAUUCAGUGAUAAAUGCAGAUAAACUUUCCGCUUUCGUCUUCUAUACAACUUUCAUCAAUGUUUUGGUCAUACAGUAUUCCGUCCUCUGACGCAACUUUAAACCUUGUAAACGAUAUAAAUAAAAUAAAUUUUCGUACGAUUUAAAAUGGGCACAAAAUGAACCGUUACGUUCAUUACCGUUUAAUGUUUUCUAAUUAUUUUAGUGCAUAAUUAUCGAUCAUAAUAAUUAUACUCAUUUAGUUUUAUAAACUGUA